GAAAAGUCUCAAUUUUCCUUCAGAAAACACUCGCAGAAGACGUGUACGUUAGCGCUCCCUUUGAAAUAAGAUUUUGGGAAGUGCUGGGCGCAAAAUGGUAAUUGACACAUCGUAACGGAUCGAAUUUUUCGAGAUAUUACUACAAGAGUACAAAAAAAGAUUCACACUGCGAAGCUAACGUUUUCCUGAGAUGUCGAGUUCGAAGAUAACAGUUGAGGUAGCCAUAACUGUGAGAGCCAAAGAUGGAAAGUGCACACGGUUUAAGAACUGGGCAUCCAGUGAGAGUGGUAAAAAAAAAAUUGGCGGCUCCCUAGCAGCAUUCUGUGUAGGUGUCGGAGUUUGGCUGGUCUGUCAUUUCGUAUUUUCUAGCGAUGAAUCAUUUGGCGGACCCUAUAAAAGAGAAGCCAUUGCCACGGAUACACAGCAGUGUUCCGAAAUUGGAAAAGACAUCCUAAACGUUAACGGCUCUGCAGUGGAUGCUGCCAUCGCCGCCAUGUUCUGUUUGGGCGUGGUCAGCAUGCACUCAUCCGGGAUAGGAGGUGGGGGAGUGAUGUUAGUGUACGAUCAACCAAUAAAGAAAGCGACAGUCAUCGAUUUCAGAGAAACUGCUCCAGCUACAGCCGACCGGGAUAUGUUCAAGGGUAAAGAGGAAGAAGCCAAGAAAGGUGGUCGGUCCAUCGCUGUUCCCGGCGAGGUGCGCGGUCAGUUCGAGGCCUGGAAACGACAUGGUCGGUUAGCAUGGAAACGACUUGUUCAACCCGCCAUCGACUUGGCCAAAAAUGGGUUUAAAGCAUCUAAAGCACUGGAUGAUGCGCUAAAAACGACCAAAGGAAUCGAGGAAGAUAUCAGAAAUGACCCUGGUUUAAGUGAACUGCUCCUGGUUGAUAAUAAAAGGCUUGUUAAGAAAGGAGACGUCAUUAAGAAUGAAAAGUACGCAAUGACCCUGGAAAGAGUGCGUGACGAUCCAGAAUCUUUUUACAAUGGAGCACUUGCCAGUGACAUUAUUCGUGAUUUGAAGAAAGUCAAUGGGAUGGUGACUGACAGUGAUUUAAGAGAUUACAGGCCGAUCACGAGAGAUCCAUAUCAGAGAGGACUCUCGGGCAUGAAAAUGUACCUGACCCCACCCCCGACAAGUGGCGCCGUGCUUGGACUCAUCUUGAACAUUUUGCAAGGGUACAAUAUGACGUCGUCAGCCUUUAAAGACAAGAAAUCCUCUGUGCUUACGUAUCACCGAAUCAUUGAAGCCUUUAAGUUCAGUUAUGCAUGGCGCAGUCUGCUUGGAGAUCCGAAGUUCAAUUCAAACAUCGAGAGAAGAGCAUCACAGAUGUUGGAGCCAAAAACAGGCAAUCGCCUACGUAACAAAAUAUGGGAUGACAAGACCCACAAAGAUGUAAGCUAUUACGCGGACUUCUUUUCGAACGCUGAUUACGGUACUACCCACGUGGCUGUUCUGGCCCCAGAUGGUGAUGCAGUUUCCGUGACAUCUACUAUCAACAUGAGGUUCGGUGCUAAAUACCGAUCCACUACCACAGGCAUCAUUUACAACAAUGAGAUGGCAGAUUUUGAUAUUCCUGGUUACGAAGUAGUGGGUGAUAUUUCUCCUUCACCAUUCAAUUUUCCUGCACCUGGCAAGCGACCGUUCUCUUCCAUGUGUCCCACCAUUUUAACCGAUAACGACGGAAAAGUUCAGCUUGUUAUUGGUGCUUCUGGCGGGAAAAUGAUAACCACAGCUGUAUCACUUGUCUUAAUGAACAAACUCUGGUUUGGAGAUGACUUGUCUAAGGCGGUAAACAAACCUCGAUUGCACUCACAAAUGGUGCCUGAUCAGAGAGUAUUUUAUGAAAACAAUAAGGACUAUCGCAUCGACAAGUACGUAAUAGAAGGCUUAGCACAACGAGGUCACAACAUCACUGGCAGUGAUUUGUUUGCUGUGGUGCAGGCGAUUUCCAGGGAACCUGGAGGAAUAUACGCCAAGUCUGACCCGAGAAAGCAUGGUGUACCCGCGGGUCAAUAGAAGUGCGGAAUGUGAUUGGCCCAAUUAACUGGAUAACUGAACUAUUUAACAAAUAGAUUCCAAGUUGCCGUGCGUCUAUUCAGUAAUAGAUCACAGAUGACGUCAAAAUGUGGUAAGAACAACAACAAAAAAGUGGCACACGAGGCACAGCCGAGUGUGUCACUGAUGUUCUUACCACAUUUUGACGUCCUCUGUGAUCUAUUACUGAACAGACGCACGGCAACUCGGAAUCUAUUUGUUUUAUAUAAUAAAGACUUUAAAAAAGUUUUAAUUAUGACGUCAUCUAUACGUCUGUCUUCCAAUAGAUCAUAACUGAGAACCAAUCAGAAUGCGUGCAUAACUGAGCUUAUUAUAUAAUUUAAAAUGGAUAAGUGUUAGCAAAAUAAACUUCGCAUUGCUUCGAA